AUGUCAGAUUCAACUAGUUAAGACGCAAAGCAGCUUUCAAACACAGCUUGAUAGGGAAAAAGGACAGACUACAAUGUUUAACAUUUCAAUACGUUUAAACUGAUUUAAAAUGUUUCCUUCUGGGUCACUAGUAUGUUGACUAGAAAAUAUUUAUAUAUUUCCUUCUAUCUCCUUUCCAAGCUUUAAGUUAAAGACAACUGAACGACAGCUACUGUUAUGAUCCCAGUACCUAGAUGGCUGUUGCUAUUUGUUAGAGUUCUCAAAAAAUGUAAAGCCCCUCUUGAGAUUCAUGAACCCAUAAAAAAACACCAAAUACACCCAUGGCAAAAUGACAGAGAAUGACUGACAUGUGAUGACCAAUAAAUGCACAUCAGAAAGUGGAGGAGGAACUGAUGAGCAGAGAGGCAUGAAGGGUGAGUUUGAGCUGUAGGUCGGGUAUGCCUGGCUCUCUCAGAGGCUGAUUGACUCCAACACACAGCAUCUUCCUCUUGAGAGGAGUAUUCGUUUCAGUGCGUUUAUCACCCACUCUGUCUCUCCUGCUUUCCCUUCCUCUCCCUCUCCCUGCUGCUCCGCCACUGCUGGCAUCAGACUCUCUCUACUUAUUUCCCACAACCCCUCUUCUUUUGUCUCAACCUCUCUCCUCCUCUCAUCCUCCCUCAUCUUCUCUCUCUCUCUCUCUCUCUCUCUAUUUUUCCCUCUUCCACUCUUUCGCUGUUAACUCAGAUGAAUGCAGUAUGUGGCAGGCUGUGGCUCUCUGGCUGAUGAUACUCGCGACUCUGCUCCGGGUAUCAGUGCAGGGUCCUCACCAGCGCUUUCUGCUCAGGGAGCUGCUGAGGGACUACAACCCCAUGGAAAGGCCCGUGGCCAACGACUCCCAGACUCUCACUGUUCAGUUCUCCUUUACGCUUAUGCAGGUCAUGGAUGUGGAUGAAAAGAAUCAGAUCCUCACCACGAACGCCUGGCUGCAGAUGCAGUGGUACGACCACUACCUCCAGUGGAACCAAUCGGAGUAUCCUGGAGUUAAGAACCUCCGUUUCACUCCCGAUCAGGUCUGGACACCUGAUAUAUUGCUUUACAACAGCGCUCAUGAUAAGUUUGAUGCCACCUUUAAGACCAAUGUGCUUGUUAACUCCAGUGGCUUCUGUGAGUAUCUGCCUCCAGGAAUAUUUGUCAGCACAUGUAACGUGGACGUGAGAUGGUUUCCUUUUGACAUCCAGCGCUGUGAGCUGAAGUUUGGCUCCUGGACGUUUGAUGGCUGGCUGCUGGACAUCCAGAUGAAAGAGGCAGAUGUAUCGGGAUACAUGCGCAAUGGAGAGUGGGACCUACUGGAGGUCCCUGGGGGUCGUCAUGAGGUUUUCUAUGACUGCUGUGCAGAGCCUUACCCUGACGUUACCUUUGUGGUGACAUUAAGGAGGAGGACCCUGUUUUACGCUCUCAACCUCCUCAUCCCAUGUGUGCUCCUCUCCUCCAUGACCCUGCUGGUCUUCCUACUGCCCGCCAACUCUGGGGAGAAGAUUAGCCUCGGCAUCACGGUUCUGCUUUCUCUGACUGUCUUCAUGCUGAUGGUUGCAGAGAUUAUGCCCGCUACUUCAGAUUCUGUACCACUGAUAGGUCAGUACUUUGCCAGCACCAUGGUGAUUGUAGGGAUGUCGGUAGUAGCUACAGUCAUCGUCCUCCAGUUCCAUCACCACAACCCCAACAGUGGACACAUGCCGCGUUGGGUGAACUUGGUUCUGCUGCAGUGGGUUCCUUGGUUCCUGCGGAUGAAGCGUCCAGGUGAGGGAGCGGAGCCCACUCUUUCCAACAGCCAGGCAGACACUCAGAGCAAGACCCUGUCCUCCCCUACCACCACCACUACCACCACCACCAUCCCGACCCCGGUGCCCCCCGUCCUCCCGCAGAGCCUCAACUCCCUGCAGGCCAGCCUCGCCCAGCUCAACCACCCUCUGUCACACCCGCUGCCUCACAGGCUCAACUCCCAGGCUGUUAUCCUUGCUAACCCCAGCCACAGAGACCCCAGCCCCAAUCCACAUCCGCAGCCUAACGGUCAUCUGCCUUACAUGGGCUUCCAGACCUUCCCGACUACUGCAGAACUUGAGCCGGUUCAGAGGAGCAGAACUACCAGUCAUGGGAGGGUUAACAGUGGACUAGGUGGAGGAGAGGGAGAGGGAGCAGCAGUGGGAGGAGGAGGAGGAGGAGGGGGACCAGCUGGAGAUACACCAAUUCAUCACUACCCUAAGUUUGGGAAUCCUCAUCAGGAACCUCCAGUGUCCCCAGACCCUGAUCCAUCAACCACAUCCUCUGGAGCCUGCGGUUUAGAGGUUGGGGCUGGAGCAGGGAGAUCGGCUGUUAUGCACACCCACGGCAUGAUUCGAUCUGUGGCGGUGGACAACCAGCUGCAGGCUCUACUGGCAGAGGUGCAGUUCUUGGUCGAGCGCGUUCGUGAGCAGGACCGGCAGCUGAGUCUGGCGGAGCAGUGGCAGUUUGCUGCGGCCGUCAUCGAUCGCCUGUGCCUGGUGGGAUUCAGCGUUUUUAACAUCAUCUGCACCAUCGCUAUUCUCAUGGCUGCACCCAACUUUGGGGAAGCACUGUCAAAAGACUUCCUCUGA